GCGGCUCGGCCGGGCUCGGCGCGGCGCUGCAGGCUCCGGUCCGGGCUGCGUGCGCCAGAGCCUCCCCCAGCGCCGCCGCUCCCCGCCGGGCCGCCGCCGGGCUGCGAGGGCAGAGGCAUGCCCAGGCGGAGCAUCGCGGAGGUGAAGGUGCUGGACGUGCAGAAGCGGCGCAUCCCCAACAAGCACUAUGUGUACAUUAUCAAAGUCACCUGGUCCAAUGGGUCCACAGAAGUCAUCUACCGACGAUACAGCAAGUUCUUUGACCUGCAGAUGCAAAUGCUGGACAAGUUUCCAAUGGAAGGAGGACAGAAAGACCCCAAGCAAAGGAUCAUCCCCUUUCUGCCAGGGAAGAUCCUUUUCCGCCGGAGCCACAUCCGUGAUGUUGCAGUCAAGCGCCUGAUACCUAUUGAUGAGUACUGCAAGGCUCUGAUCCAGCUGCCUCCCUACAUCUCCCAGUGUGAGGAGGUUCUGCAGUUCUUUGAGACCCGACCUGACGACUUGACUCCCCCCAAAGAGGAGCCCAUUGGAAAGAAGAGAUCUGGGUUUAUCCAGAGAACGACCUCUUUCCUGCAGAGAGGAGCUGACUCUGCCUCGGUCGACCCCUUGGUGCUGGAGCAGUAUGUCGUGGUGGCCAACUACCAGAAGCAGGAGAGCUCCGAGAUCAGCUUGUGCGUGGGCCAGUUGGUGGAUAUCAUUGAGAAGAACGAAUCAGGCUGGUGGUUUGUGAGCACAUCGGAGGAGCAAGGCUGGGUGCCAGCGACCUGCCUGGAGGCCCAGGAUGGCGUCCAGGAUGAGCUCUCAAUGCAGCCCGAUGAAGAGGAGAAGUACACAGUUAUUUACCCAUAUACCGCAAGAGACCAGGAUGAAAUGAACCUGGACAAAGGAGCAGUGGUGGUGGUGAUCCAGAAGAACCUGGAGGGCUGGUGGAAAAUCAGGUACCAGGGCCAAGAAGGCUGGGCCCCCGCCUCGUAUCUCAAGAAAGGGAAUGGAGAGAUGUUCUCACAGAAGCUGGGGUCCGGCUCCUCCACUCAUUCCUGCGCCUUGGAUCUGGAUGGCAUCUCCCGGCAGCAGGCCAUCACCGGCCGAGAGAAAGAUGGGCUCGCUGGCCAGAGGGACGGGAGGUUGGACAGCCGUCCCCUACCCAACGCUGACAUCCGCCGCAAGUCACCGAAGAUGAGGCAGAGACCCCCUCCUCGCCGAGAUCUCACUAUACCACGUGGUUUGAACCUGCCUAAACCUCCUGUCCCUCCUCAAGUGGAAGAGGAAUAUUACACCAUUGCUGACUUCCAGACCACCAUCCCUGAUGGUAUCAGCUUCCAGGCAGGAAUGAAAGUAGAGGUUAUCGAGAAGAACCUGAGUGGCUGGUGGUACAUUCAGAUUGAGGAGAAGGAAGGCUGGGCCCCGGCUACGUUUAUUGAUAAGUACAAGAAAACCAGCAACGCCUCUAGGCCGAACUUCUUGGCUCCACUGCCCAGUGAGAUGGCCCAGCUCCGUCUGGGCGAUGCUGCAGCAGAAAGCAGCACCGUAGAGGAAGCAACGGGACCGUGCAGGCCUCUGCCAGAGGCUCCUCCUAAUGGCAUGGACUGUGGAAUGAAGUGGGCCAAGGACUGGAAGGGGAAGGAGGCUACUGAGAGUGGGGACUUGGCCUUCACCUGUGGGUAUGAGGAGAUCUCGGACAGGGAUGUGGAGGAGAAGCCCAGCCUGCCACCCAGGAAGGAGUCCAUCAUUAAGUCAGAAGGUGAAUUGCUGGAGAGGCAGAGGCCUCCCCCCAAGCCUCCAGGCAUGAUUUUGCCCAUGAUCCCCCCAAAGCAGUCAGCAGCCCCAAAAGACAGCAAGAAGCCGGAGCUGAAACCUGAGAAGGGCAAACUCUUCCAGCUGAAGAAUGAAAUGGGGCUGGAGUGCGGACACAAGGUGUCAGCCAAGGAGGUGAAGAAGCCGAACCUCCGGCCCAUUGUCAAGCCAACCAAGCCAAAAGCUGAGCCUGUGGAGGACAAGCCUGAGCCCAUCACCCAGAACCCCUUCUUGAAGUCAAGACCUCAGAUCAGGCCUAAACCCGCUGCAGCCCCUCGGACUGACCCUCCUCCAGCUGAUGACAAACUGGACAUUUGCAGCCUGCGGAGCAAGCUGAGGCCUGCCAAGUGCCCGGAGAAGCCCUCUGAGCCAGACACCGCUGCGAGUGAAAGCUCCUGUGGUAACCCUGCAGUUGCCCCGGAGGCUUCUGGAAGGUUUCAGGAGCGACCGAGCGUGGAGAACAAAGUCCUUCCCAAAUCCCCCCAAGGCCCAGCCCUCGCCCCGGCUGCCCGGGAGCCCGCACCACAGCGCCCGGUUGUGCCACCCCGCCGGCCACCGCCGCCCAAGAAAACGACGUCUCCUGCUGCCGGCCCCGCGCCCGAAGCCAGGGCAUCCCCGCUGCCAGGGAGGCCCAUGCUGGUUCCUCCCAAAGCCAGGCCCUUCCUGUCUGCCGCCAUCCAAGACGAAGCCAAAGUGAAAAGCAGCAUAGGCCCAAAGGUAAUAUCCAAAGCGGUAGAGAGAGGGGAAGGCAGGGAGAGGACAUCAGCCCCCUUCUCCAACCCAGAUGUCUCCAAGGAAGCUCUCUACGUGGCAGUGGCGGAUUUUGAAGGUGAUGAGGAGACCAACAGCUUUAGAGAAGGGACUUUGUUUGAAGUGCGUGAGAAGAACAGCAGCGGCUGGUGGUUCUGCAAGGUCCUGACUGGGGGGCCCUGCUGGGAGGGCUGGAUCCCUUCCAACUACCUGCGGAAGAAGCCAUAGCCUGUCCUCUGUUUACACAGUUGGAGGUUCCCUGUUCUCCCACCUAAGUAUUUAAUUAGCAUCUUAAUUUAUAGUUUUCCAUAAGGCUGGCUUAAAAAUAAUAAUAAUAAUAAUUGAAAUCCCACACAUUCCAGCUGGUGUCCCUUUCCUAGCUGCGGGCUUCUCCCAUCACCCCCCACCCCAAGCUCCUUCUCUCCCUGGGCCUGGCAGGGCAGCCCUACAGGUGGGGUGCGGCGGCCAGUGCAGUUCUCCAUGCUGGGGAGAGCCUUGGUAGAUGGGUUUGGCCACCUGUACAGGGAAUUCAAGAAGCAGCAGCAGCCAGGGAGAGAAAUGCAGCUUGGUUUGGUACCAGUGAAGGAAAGGUGGCCUCAUGGAUGGAUUUGCUUUUCCCUGAGGCUCAGGGUCAUGAUUGAAUGUUGUGCAUCAUAUUGCUUAGUCCAGGUGUGUAGCAGAGUCGUACAGGAGAUGUGGCAAAAAGGAGGGACUGUUGCUCGGAACGGUGUGUCCCUGUAGCUCUGCGUGCACGUGCAGACACGAACGCACACUGGAGGCACUCCGGCCUCUGCCUUGCUUUCCUCUGUACUUGCCAUGGGACAGUCCCAUGGUCCCUCCCCGCUCUGCAGUGACAAGUGUUAACUUAAACAUCCUCCUGGUGGGAAAAAAAAAAAAAAAAAAAAAAAAAAAGAAAAAAAUGCGCAUGCGCACAUACAGAUAGCAGAUCCUCUCUGCUGAGCCAGGGCACGAUGCGGGCUGUACCUUGCUGUGUUACAACCAAACAACGAGAGGUAUUUUGCUUCGGUAGCUGAAGAAUACUAUGCAACACACAGAGGACCAGACUGACCCCAGAAGCCCUGGAAAGAGGAUGCUUUGCUUCCCUUCCGACACAGACUGCGCUGCCUGUUGGACUAAUAGGGGACCACCUGUUCCCACAACCCACCGAGCUUCCCAGGGCUGGCAGGCAGCAGCCAGGUGGGUCCUCCAGUAGGUGCUGAUCUUAUCAAGUGCAAUCCAGAAUGUGGGAGCUCAGCUCCUCAUUGCAUCCAGUUGUGAGGUGUGUCUGGUGCUCAGGUGCUCCCUGCUUUGUCACCCCAGCUUUCUGUCGCCCUGUCCCCAGGUGCUUUCAGCUCACCCUGUGUGUUGGUUGGCUUUGUGGGCAUCAGGUCAAGCAAAGCUGUUAUAUUUCCAUGCUGACACCUCUGCCUGCCAGGCCUGAUCCUACUGGCAGUGAUGUUUGUCCGAGCGAGAGGAUGAAUGUGGUCUGCAUGGCUGCCACUCCAUUGUGCCACUUUCUUCUCUUGCAGAUUCAGAGCCAAAUUUCUCUCUCUGGAAGAGCUUCAUGCCCUUCGCUUCUGUGGGUUUGUGGUUGACGAAGCCCACGUGCCCUUUCUAUUCUAAUUGUGAGUGGAAGUGCUGCAGAUGCAGCUCCGCAGCCACAUUGUUUGGCUGCUGAAAAUGAUUAAGGUUUUCCCUCUAAUUUGAGGUUGGUGGAAUUGAAGACGCUCUGCAU